GGGCGUGGAGGCCCGGGGGCGGCGAAAAGGGCUGCCCUGGGUCCGCCUCUUCAUUGAUGAACUUUAAGUUCGGUGGUUUUUGCCUUUUCCGGAGCCUCCGGUCGAGCCCCGUUGGCGUCGGGAUCGCCGAGGAGCCGGGGCUGCCCUCCCGAGCCGAGUCGGUCCCGCCAAGUUUCCGUCUUCUGGAUUUUUCUUUUAAAAGACCAGUUUUGAGCGUUUUGUGCGGAUUCUUCCUUAAGGAGCCCAACAGCGGGGGAGAAAGAACGCGUCGGUUGUUGCUGGGAAGGGAGAGAGACCCUCCUAAUAACGCAGCUCCUAGAAAUCGAAACUUGUAAGCCAGGUUUACUUUAAUCAGACCCCAAAAUGUCGAGAUUUGUACCAGAUCUUAGCAAAGCUAUGUCUCAAGAUGGUGCUUCUCAGUUCCAAGAAGUCAUUCUCCAAGAACUAGAAUUAUCUGUGAAGAAGGAAUUAGAGAAAAUACUCAGCACUGCAACAUCCCAUGAGUCUGAGCACACUAAAAAAGAUCUUGAUGGAUUUCGGAAGCUAUUUCAUAGAUUUUUGCAAGAAAAAGGACCCUCUGUAGACUGGGGUAAAAUCCAGAGACCUCCAGAAGAUUCGAUUCAACCCUAUGAAAAGAUAAAGGCCAGAGGCUUACCUGAUAACAUAUCUUCUGUAUUAAACAAACUGGUGGUGGUGAAACUCAAUGGUGGUCUGGGAACCAGCAUGGGCUGCAAAGGCCCUAAAAGUCUGAUUGGUGUAAGAAAUGAGAAUACCUUUUUGGAUCUAACUGUUCAGCAAAUUGAGCAUUUAAACAAGACCUAUAAUACAGAUGUUCCUCUUGUUUUAAUGAACUCUUUUAACACGGAUGAAGAUACCAAAAAAAUACUUCAGAAGUACAGUCACUGUCGUGUGAAAAUCUACACCUUCAAUCAAAGCAGGUACCCGAGGAUUAAUAAAGAGUCUUUACUUCCUAUAGCAAAGGAUGUGUCGUACUCAGGGGAAAAUACAGAAGCAUGGUACCCUCCAGGGCAUGGAGAUAUCUAUGCUAGUUUCUAUAACUCUGGCUUACUCGACGCCUUUAUAGACGAAGGCAAAGAGUAUAUUUUUGUGUCUAACAUAGAUAACCUGGGUGCCACAGUAGAUCUUUAUAUUCUUAACCAUCUAAUGAACCCACCCAAUGGGAAACGCUGUGAAUUUGUCAUGGAAGUCACAAAUAAAACACGAGCAGACGUAAAGGGUGGGACACUCACUCAGUAUGAAGGCAAACUGAGACUGGUGGAAAUCGCUCAAGUGCCAAAAGCACAUGUUGAUGAAUUCAAGUCUGUGUCAAAAUUUAAAAUAUUUAACACAAACAACCUAUGGAUUUCUCUUGCAGCAGUUAAAAGACUGCAGGAACAGAAUGCCAUUGACAUGGAAAUCAUUGUGAAUCCAAAGACUUUGGAUGGAGGCCUGAAUGUCAUUCAGUUAGAAACUGCAGUUGGAGCUGCAAUUAAAAGUUUCGAGAAUUCUUUAGGUAUUAAUGUUCCACGGAGUCGUUUUCUGCCUGUGAAAACCACAUCAGAUCUCUUACUUGUGAUGUCAAACCUCUACAGCCUUAAUGCAGGAUCUUUGACCAUGAGUGAAAAGCGGGAAUUCCCUACAGUACCCUUGGUUAAAUUAGGCAGUUCUUUUACCAAGGUUCAAGAUUACCUAAGGAGGUUUGAAAGUAUACCUGAUAUGCUGGAAUUGGACCACCUCACUGUUUCAGGAGAUGUAACAUUUGGAAAAAAUGUUUCGUUAAAGGGAACAGUUAUCAUUAUUGCAAAUCAUGGUGACAGAAUUGACAUCCCCCCUGGAGCAGUGUUAGAGAACAAGAUUGUAUCUGGAAAUCUUCGCAUCCUGGACCACUGAAAUAAGCGCUGCCAGAUACAGGCUAAAGAGUUUCCUACAAUAAAAUGUACUCUUAAGAUUAUAAAAUAAGCAGGUACUUUAUUUACUGUGCUGUAUUCUGCAGUGUUGAUUUUUAGUUUUAGUCUAAGGAAAGCAUAGAUGAAGCAGUACUUUCCUUGUUUGAUGAAGAGCCUAGAUAGUAGUUCCUCUUAAAGUGCAAUAUUAUUUAAUCUUAGGUGGUCCAGCUCUGCAGUCUUUAACAGAAGCUUCAGUGAUGGCCACUUUGAAUUGCCUUUGAUUUCAAAAAUAAUAAUAAAAAUCCACGUGUUA